GAAAGCCCUUUUGGAUUCAUUAUUAUUUUUUGAAUUCAAUCCUCAUAAACCCUAAAUUCGAAAUGGGAAUGAUGACGUGAGGAGGGGUGGCUACGGACAUGGUUGAGCAACGCGAAACCAACACCAAACCAUGGGGAACGCUGGAGGAGCUCUUGCUCGCUUCCGCUGUUAAUCGUCAUGGCACCACCAGUUGGGAGUCCGUCGCUAUGGAAAUACAUAAUCGAUGCUCUCAAUCCUCUUCUUCUUUAACUCCCCAAGAUUGUAGGAUCAAGUUCCACGACCUCAAGCGCCGAUUCCUCUCGCAAAAUGACCUCGAUUCUGAUUCUACCUCCCUUAUGCCUAUGCUUGACGAGUUGAGGAAGAUUCGGGUGGAGGAGCUCCGUCGCGAUGUUCAACGUCGGGAUGUUUUGAUCGUGUCAUUGGAAAUGAAGGUGAAGCGGUUGGAGGAGGAGAGGGAACGGAGUUUCAACGAACCCGAUGGGGGACCGGAUCUGGACGUGAACGCCGUCGACACCAACCUCUGUCCCCUUAAUCCCACGCCCUCCGGCGACGACUCCGACGAUCGCGAGAACCGAUCCCUGGACGAAUCCAAUUCCACAAGUAAAAAAGAGGAGGGUGUUGGACAGAACGGCGUGGUUCGGGAGAGGCCGAUAUCCGAAACAAUGAAAAUCACAAAAAAGAAGGAAACCGGGGCGGCACGAACCGGGGAUGAACCGGAGGCAGAACGAGAAAAGGAGACUGCAGCGGGAGGAGGAUAUAAACGACGGGAGAAAAAAGAAAGAAAUUGGGGGAAUUCGAAGGGGAAGGCGUCGGCGGUGGGCGAUUCGAACGAGGCGUGGGAAUCGGUGAGCGAGUCGAAGCAAGAAGGGAAAGAGGGGGCGGUGGCGAAGCAGCAGAGCAGCGACGUACAAAGCUCAGCCGGUUUGUCUCAGAGGAAACGGUGUCGUAGCAGAGGAGGAAAUGGAACUAGCAGCGGCGAAGAGCCCGAGGUAUCUCCCGCCAAGCCCAAGCCCAACUCCAACUCCAAGUCCAAGCCCAACCCCAAGCCCAACUCCAACCCUGCAGCCGUCAAAUCUGAGCCGUUGCUCAAAUUUCUGGAGAUCAUUCGCUCCCAUCGGCUUGGCUCUGCCUUCGAACGCCGCCUACGGAGCCAGGAAUCGGAUAGAUACAAAAAAUUGAUUCGGCAACACAUCGAUCUGAGAACGAUUCAUUCGAGAGUGGUGAAAGGUGCCUAUGCGGAUUCAAUUCACCGGUUCUUCCGAGAUCUCCUCCUCCUCUUCAACAAUGCCGUGAUCUUUUUCCACAGAUCUUCCCCCGAAAAUGGUGCCGCAGUGAAGCUUCGAGCUCUCGUGUUGAAAGAAAUGAAAGACAGAAUACGAAAGCCCCAACCCCCCAUAGUUACAAAACCAAAACCCAAGCAAGAAGCGGAUGUGUCAUCGUCCAAGCCCAGCAAGCCAUCUACGACCAUGGUGGUGUGUCGCAAACGAGAUUCUGUUUCUCAGAUAUCGGAUGUGGGAGGCAAAAAAUCGGAGAAUAAUUCAAGAGAGGGUGAAGGGAAGAGGAAGGGCAAUGAUUGUUCGGAGAUAAAAAUUUACGAGAAGGGUACAUGGAAGAAGGGUUUGAAUUUGAAAGAGAGGGGAAGAGCGGGAGUGGGUAAUUCAGGGGCGAGAAGCUGUAGAACAACGACGAACAAAAAGAAUGGGGAAGUGAAGCACGAAUACGGAGGGAACGAAUUGAGCUCUCACGAUGGGAUGGGAGUUCGAAUAGAAAAGAAAGAGAAAGAGAAAGAGAAAGGGACGAAGAAGAAGCAAGUGGCUGUGAGAUUCUUGAAGAGAAUGAAGCAGAAUUCUCCAAGCGAAGCCACGGACGAAGAUGGCGAUGGUUCAGAGGAUGAGAGUUUAAAAGAAGAGGAGGAGGAGGAGGAGGAAGAAGAAGAAGAGGAAGAAGAAGAAGAAGAAGAA